UUAACCUCAAUCUCAAAUAAUAGAAGCCAGAGUCUCCGAUAAAAGCUAAUUUUUAAAUAAAAGUUUGUUGUACUCUCCAUAGCUUCUUGUGAAGUUUUUGUUUUAUGUAUGGAGGAAGUUUUAAGGAUGGAGGAUGUAACAAAUGAAGAUUCGACUUCUAAGAAGGGAAGACAUCGUAAAAAGCAAUUGUAUAAAUCAAUUUUACAACAGAUGGAAUUUUAUUUCAGUGAUUCCAAUCUAUCCAAAGAUAGAUACUUAUCACAAUUAAUUCAAGAAAAUCCAUUUGUAAGUCUUGAUGAGUUUUUGAAAUUUAACAAAAUCAGAAAAUUGACACUUAGUAUUGAGGACCUGAGGAAAGCCAUCAAGAAAUCAGAUUUUUUGGAAUUAUCUGAAGAUUCAGAGAAAGUCAAACGAAAAACAGAAAUCAAAGUUAAAGAAAAUGUGGAUGACUGCACUAUUUAUGUUGAAAAAAUUAGUUCUGAUUGCACUCAUGAUUUCCUCACUAAUAUAUUCUCAGAAUAUGGUCAAGUUACUUAUAUAUCAAUACCUAAAUACAGACACAAUAACAUGAACAAAGGCUUUGCUUUUAUAGAAUUUGAUACUGAGGAUGGUGUUCAUAAUGCACUCACUUAUUUCGAUAGUAUAGGUUGCAAAAUGUCUUCUAACAUUAAUCCAGAGGAUUUAUGCAGUAUAACAUCAUACAUAAAAGAAAAUGAAAUUUCAACUCAGGAUGAAAAACAAGGAUCUAAGAGAAAACUGUCGGGUGAAAAUGAAGAAAAUGAUUGUAAAAGAGUUAGGCAAGACAUUGAACUGAAUGAAGAUAUAACUGUAGAAGGGGAUCAAAAAAAGAAGAAGAAGAAGGAGAAUAAAAAGAAAACCUUAAUUAAAGAGUUGGGCUUACAAAUCUUAUCCAAGCAAGAAUGGAAAAAAAUGCGAAACGGAUAUCUGAAUUUGCAGAGGAAAAAAAUGAGGGAAAUCAAAAUGCAUCUUCAUAGUUUUAAGACUGUAAAAUGUAACUCUGAAAGAAAUGAACAAGAAACUAUCAAAACUUCAGAUACAGAGAAUACUGAAGAGACUCUUGCGAAGUUAGAAUAUGUUCCUGGCACCAUUGUGAGAGUUAAACUUUCAGAGCCAUGCCAAAGUGACAAAAAAAUAAAGAUGGAAGUGAAAGCUAUUGCAAAAGAUGCCCUUUACGUUGAUGUACCUUUUUCUUCUGGUUGUGAAGAAAUAUUUGUCAGAUUUCCAACAAAUGAAGCUGCUGAGAAAUUCUGCACUGAAGAAUUUGGAGCUAAUAAAAAUAUUUUAGAAGGAGAAGAAGAACAGGUUUAUUGGAAGAAAAUUGAAAUAGACCGAACAAACAAAUUUCAAAAAUCUAGGAAAAAACAGAGGGGAAAAGACAAAUUAUUGAAGCGAACUGAGAAACAUUUGGCAAAGCAUACACGAUUCGAUGAGAAUGAAUGAAAUUUAUCUGGAAUCCAAAUACAUUCUACUCCAAAAAUUGUUAUUUGAAACUUCUCAAUUUUAGAAGUGGUAAUCAACAAAUAAAUAUUUUGAAGAAUAACUUUUUCAUUGCUCC